GGGCCGGAGGCGGAACAAAGCUGUGGUGGGCGGGGUGCGGUGGGAUUUCCUGAGCGUCGCUCUGGAUGAUAGGUGGAUGUGCAGUAGGUCGAACCGGGAGGCCUUGCCUUUAGGUCACUGGCCCUACUCUGCAGUGAGAUGGGCAUUUUGUUGCUCGCUCUCCGGGGCCUUCGGCUCGGGUCUGCGGGAUGUUGGCGGAAGGUUCCCCGUGCAGAGUGCAGCGAGUCUCGGAUCCUUCAGAAUUUACUGUGCCGGAAUCUUACCCCAGGAAGUCAUGGAAUGAGAGAAUAUUUAAUAAAACGGCAUCUCAUUCAGGACCCCUUGAGAAUCUGGAGGAUAUUAGGUGGAAUAAAUUAUUUCAGUACAUCGGGUAGAGGAAAUAAAGAAAAUCAGAAUGAAGGUUCCAAAGGGAAGACCCCACAUGAGGAUGAAGAGGAGAAGAAAAGAAGAGAACGGGAGGAUCAGAUGUACAGAGAGCGUCUUAGAACUCUUUUUAUCAUUGCUGUGAUAAUGAGUCUGCUGAAUUCCCUGAGCAGCAGUGGUGGUAACAUCUCAUGGAACGACUUUGUGAAUGAAAUGCUGGCCAAGGGUGAAGUGAUGCGUGUUCAGGUUGUGCCAGAGAGCGACAUUGUGGAGAUUUACCUAUAUCCCGGGGCUGUGGUGUUUGGGCGGCCUCGCCUUGCCCUGAUGUAUAGAAUGCAAGUGGCGAAUAUAGAUAAGUUUGAGGAGAAGCUGCGUGCAGCAGAGGAGGAGCUGAAGAUCAAUGUAAAGGACCGUAUCCCAGUGUCUUACAAACGCACUGGCUUUUUUGGAAAUGCUCUUUAUGCUUUGGGCAUGGCAGCAGUGGGAGUGGCCAUCCUGUGGUACAUUUUCCGUUUGGCAGGAAUGGCAGGACGAGAAGGAGCUUUCAGUGCUUUUAACCAGCUAAAGAUGGCUCGUUUCACCAUUGUGGAUGGAAAAUCUGGUAAAGGAAUAAGUUUCAAGGAUGUCGCUGGAAUGCAUGAAGCAAAGCUGGAAGUGAAAGAAUUUGUGGAUUAUUUGAAGAGCCCAGACCGGUACCUGCAGCUUGGGGCAAAGGUACCCAAAGGAGCUUUGCUUCUUGGUCCACCCGGAUGCGGAAAAACCUUGUUGGCAAAGGCUGUAGCAACAGAAGCCCAGGUUCCUUUCCUAGCAAUGGCUGGUUCAGAGUUUGUUGAGGUUAUUGGAGGUCUUGGUGCUGCCCGUGUCCGCAGCCUUUUUAAAGAAGCACGUACCCGUGCUCCCUGCAUUGUUUAUAUUGAUGAGAUAGAUGCAGUUGGUAAGAAGCGUUCCACUAAUAUGUCAUCAUUUUCCAACACUGAGGAGGAACAAACACUCAACCAACUGCUGGUGGAGAUGGACGGGAUGGGUACUACUGACCAUGUUAUUGUGCUGGCCUCCACCAAUCGGGCUGACAUCUUGGAUAAUGCACUGAUGAGACCAGGAAGACUGGACAGACAUAUAUUUAUUGACCUUCCUACCUUACAGGAGAGGCGGGAGAUCUUUGAGCAGCACUUAAAGAGCCUGAAGCUGACACAGCCUGGAAGCUUUUAUUCACAGCGUCUGGCAGAGCUCACCCCUGGAUUUAGUGGUGCAGAUAUUGCUAACAUCUGCAAUGAGGCAGCUUUACACGCUGCCCGAGAGGGCUAUCAAUCCAUUGACACCUUUAACUUUGAGUAUGCAGUUGAACGAGUGAUUGCAGGCACAGCAAAAAAGAGCAAGAUCAUGUCAAAAGAAGAAAGGCGUGUUGUAGCAUUCCAUGAAUCUGGGCAUGCCUUAGUUGGAUGGUUGCUUGAACACACCGAGGCUGUCAUGAAGGUCUCUAUAGCACCUAGGACAAAUGCAGCACUUGGCUUUGCUCAGAUUCUGCCCAGAGAGCAAUAUUUAUACACUAAGGAACAGCUGUUAGAGAGAAUGUGCAUGGCAUUGGGAGGCAGAGUUUCUGAAGCUAUCACAUUCAAUAAGGUCACCACAGGAGCACAAGAUGAUUUGAGAAAAGUGACAAGGAUAGCAUAUGCUAUGGUGAAGCAAUAUGGCAUGGUACCUAGCAUCGGUCAGGUGUCUUUUCCAGACAGUGAAUCUACACCAGGCAUUGGGAGAAGACCAUUUAGCCAAGGCCUGCAGGAAAUGAUGGACCGAGAAGCCCAACUGCUUGUUUCCACAGCUUACAGACGAACAGAGAAGCUGUUAUUGGAUAACAGGGACAAGCUGAUUUUGUUGACCAAUGCUCUGUUGGAGAGGGAAGUUAUAAACUAUGAUGAUAUUGAGCACCUCAUUGGCCCUCCUCCCUUUGGGGCCAAAAAGAUGAUUUCGCCGCAAAGCUGGAUUGAAGCAGAAAAAGACAAACAAGAUAGUGGAGAAGAAGAGCCACGGCAACCUCCACCUCGAAGGGAGGAUGAAGAAGAGCCAAACCUGAAUCCUGUCUAACAUUUCUUAUUAAAAAGAUGGAAAUCAAGUGAUGCAACAUAGACUCUUUGGAUUUGAUGUCACAAAUUAAAUCUAUGAAGGCAUUUCACUGCAGUGGAGAAAGAUUUUUUUCUUUGUAGCUGCAGUUUUAGUCAUACUUUUGUAUGCCCUUAAUUCUGCAGUAGCAAUGUGCAUGCUGCGACAUUUACUUUACUUCGUUCCACAUCCCGCUGUUGACGUAGUACUUAUUCUGUUCAUAUUAAAUGUAAGAAUGAAAGUCUUUUUUUUUUUUUUUUUUUUUAAUAUCCCUGGUAGGAGGAAGGCAGUGCCUUAUAAGCUGAUUUAGCACCAUGGCUUGACCAAAGAUAAAUGGUCAAUCACCUUUUGACCUUUUCCAACAUUUUAGCUUGAUUCCUAUUUUAUUUCUGCAUAAGAACCAGGGUCUGGUGCAUAAUUAUUGGCUACACCUGUAGAAUUUAUAUGAAACCUUUAUCUCGGGAGUUUUUGUGCUUUUGGACUUGUAUUCUGAGGCCUUUUGCUGACAAAACCAUCAUCAAUGUGUCACAUAAUGUGAGGGACUAAGAAAUGCAAAUUUUUUGGGAGAAAAACAUCUGCUAAGAAGAGCUCUGAAAAUAUGUAAAUAAGUUCUAUCUGUACCAUAUGGAAACGUUUGAUUUGCAUACGGUGCAAGAGAAAUAUUAGAACAUUAUUCUAAUCAUUUAUUAAUUGAAUUCAAUAUCUAAUUUAUGUGUAGAUUUUCUUUUUUGCUGAAUAAAACUUGUGUCUUAGUGUUCA